UCCCCCGACCGCAAAUCUCACACUCCACCUACAAGCUUCAAGCACUGUUAGUAGGAGCAGCUACCACAAGCACCAGCGUUCGCGCACACGUACACAAGUAGCCAGCUCAUCACAAGACUCUAGUGCAUCCUUAUCCUCUGUCACAAGGCCUCCUGCCCAAGCCCCAAACGCAAGCGCAAAGCGCAAGAGCCCUGCUGACAAGAUGGUCGACGCUAGCACCUAUAUUCGCCGUGGUCAUCCGAUCAGCUUCGGCGUCCUCGUUCUCGUCUCGCUCAUCGUCGCUAUCAUCGCAUCCGCCUUGACGCACGACUACCGCCAAGGUAACCGCGCUGCGAACGAAACGGCGCAAGGGUUGAAGGACAAGGUUCACUUCCAUGUCUUCAUUGGAUGGUUCUCCUUCCUCUUCAGCUCGAUUUACCUCGGGUGCUUCCUCGCCGGCGUCGGUGGAAUCCUGACCUCGAUCGCUUCACACCUUAUUUUCCUUUUCGUUAAUUGGAUCUUCUGGGUCGCUGCAGCCGGUUCAAUCACUGCUCAGCUCAACGGCGGGCAAAACUGUGGGACAUCGCCGCUCUACUACUGCAACUCGCUCGAGGCGCUCAUGGCAUUCGAUUGGAUCGCAUUCAUCCUGGUCACCAUCAUGCUCGGCGUCACCAUCUUCAUCGGUGCUGGCGCUUUCCGACGGGGCCGAUCGAUGAAGGAUGAGAUCGCCUGAGCGCAGGCCUUACUCCUGGCUCGCUCUCCUCUCUUCGUACUUCUACCGUAUGCACAGACGGCACGGAUACCGCAACAAAAAACGUCAACACUUUUCGACAUUCAUCACGCAUCUCUUCGCACCAAUCAGGUGGACUUGGACUUUCUCAGCACGCUCCCCAUCGCGACUCUACGAAGGAGAUGUCGCCUUUGAUCCUACCUGGUCUAGCACAUCCUUUGCUGCAACCCCAAUUGAUACCACGACAGGCUGUCACUCCCGGAUCCACACCAUUAAGGCGGCCGCAGAUUGCAUCGAAUCGCACGUCUUUCAGCUGCCACCCUGCUGCCUCGUCUCCUCUUGUUAAAUAUGCUCAUUCGUUUGCUGCAAUUGCAUAGUCGUGAUAAUU